AAACUGUUGCCGCCAUGAUUCGGCGUCCGGCGUCUCCAGAGCUUCCUUUCUAGGCUCGUCUGGUUUGCAGCCGUUUGCAAACCAGCAAAUAAUUCGUUUUUAGAUCUAAAUUUGCAUAUAAGCAAGAUCUCUUCACACAGAAUACUUAAAAAAACUUGUGAGCAAACAUGGCAGACAACCAAGAUUUUGAAAUGGGCAACGGAGAGGAAUGCCAAGAUACAGGGGAAGACCUCGGCGACAUGAACGGAGGCAACGGAGGAGACAGCGGCAGCGCAGAAGCUCCAGGAAAAGACGACGACCGCAAACUUUUCGUGGGCGGCCUCAGCUGGGAGACGACGGAUAAGGAGCUGCGCGAGCACUUCACCAAGUUUGGCGAAAUCGAGAGCAUCAACGUCAAGACUGACCCAACGACCGGACGCUCGAGGGGCUUCGCUUUCCUGGUCUUCAAGUCGGCCGACACGCUCGACAAGAUCCUCAACGCCGGCGACCAUAUAAUUAACAACAAAAAAAUCGAUCCAAAGAAGGCGAAGGCGAGGCACGGAAAGAUCUUCGUCGGAGGCCUCGUGCCUGAGCUGACUGACGACGACAUAAAAGCGUUCUUUUCCAAUUUCGGCAACAUUGUCGAGGUCGAAAUGCCGUUCGACAAGCAGAAGAACCAGCGCAAGGGUUUCUGCUUCAUCACCUUCGAUUCCGAGCAGGUGGUCAAGGAGCUGCUGAAAACGCCUAAGCAGACAAUUAACGGCAAGGAAGUCGAUGUCAAAAAGGCCACACCCAGACCAGAGAACAUGCCGAUGCGCGGCGGCCGAGGCGGACGCGGUGGUCGCGGACGCGGCGGCGGCAUGCGAGGUGGUCGCGGUCGUGGGGGCGGCGGAGGCGGCUACGGUGGCUACGGCGACUACUACGGCCAGGGCUACGACUACUACGGCGGCGGAGACUACGGUGGCGGCUACGGAGGAUACGGCGGUGGCUACGACUACACUGGCUACGGAAAUUACGGUGGAUUUGGCGGUGGCAACCCCGGCGGAUUCGGAGGCGGCGGCAAGCAGAGGGGUCGAGGAGGUGGACGCGGAGGCCAGAGACACCAGCCGUACUGAGCCAGAGGAAACGAGCACGUCCAUUCCACGGCCUUGGCUACACAAUUGAGUGUUGUGUAUUAUUAAAUUUAUUUAACUAGAGAGUAAUGAUUUAUGCAUUCAAUUUCAUCAAUAAAUUCUGUCCGUUUUGGUUCUGUUUUAAGAUAACAAGCAUAAUAUUCAUUGCAGUCAUUGAUCAUGACCUUGUCGAGGAAAUUUCCCUUCUUAAUCGAAAGUCACCUCCUGUAACCGUUCAUGAAACAGCAUUCGUGUAAUAAACAAUCAUCAUCGUCAUGCAUCAUUCCAAAGGUGGUUCCAAGAUUUGAAUGGAAAAUGACGCCCCCUCUGUUUUGUACCUCCGAAUUUCAUAAUUAUAUAAUAUUAUGCGGGGAAUGUAUUCAUCUACUGUAAUUUUAAAAUAAAAUGCUUGCUCAUAAGAAAA